AUGCUCGACCUGUCUUUUCAAAAUGCUCAAGAAGUGGUGGACCAAAAUAACAGUGCCAGUUUACAAGAAAAAAAAAACAAAUUCAAAUCCUUCAGGAUGUUAUUGUUAAGCCAGCUUUUACAAGCAGUGAAACUACAACUUUUCAAGAACCUCGCUGAUGAUAGUUAUGCUCCCAACUCGUCUGACCUAGAAACUGAUUCUUCUUACUCCGACGAUAGUGAUAGUGAUGAUAGCGUAAUAACUUACUAUGAAAACAGUUCUGAAACCGAAUUAGUUCAAAUACUUGAAAAUACUCAAUGUACAGAAAACAAUAAUUUUGACGAGUGGGAAGACAUUAACGAUACAAAACUUGAUUUCGAUGAAUUCACAGAUAAUUGUAGACCAAACAUUCCGGAUAAUACUAUAACGCCAGCAGAUUUUUACAGUCUAUUUGUAACGGAUGAAAUUAUUGAGCAAAUGGUAAUAAACACAAACAAUUGCGCACAAGAUCUUAUUAGUAAUCUAAGUAAUCUUAAGCCUAAAUCACGCUUGCGAGCCUGGACUCCUACAACUCCAGAGGAGAUGAAAAAAUUUUUAGGAGUGCUACUGGCGAUGGGUCUUGUAAGAAUACCACGUUUAAAUGAUUACUGGUCGAAAAGAAACAUCUACAAUAAUAAAUACAUUAGUUCAGUUAUGACAAGAGAUCGAUUUCUGCUAAUUUUGAUAUUUUGGCAUUUUAGUCAAGAGUCACCUAACGACACAGACAAAUUGAAAAAGAUAAGGGAUACUUUUAAUAAGAUUUUAGAAAAAAAUGCAAACCCUUUUGGAGCCAGCUUGAAAAGAGGCGUGAAAUGGUUCAGAAAAGUAAUGAUGGAGAUAUUAUUUGGAACAGUCAUAAUAAACAGCUGGGUAUUAUACAAUCACGGAAAACCAGUUCAAAUGCCAAAGAAGAAUUUUAUGGAAGCAAUUAUUGAAGCUUUGACUCAGGUGCCGAUAUUAACAGAAACAGCUAAUGAAUGUGCUGCUAUGCCAAAGACGAAUCAUACCUUCGAAACCAAAGGAAUAAAAGGAAGAAACUGUGCGAGUUGUUACAAUAAGCUUCGUGCAACGUUAAAUAGCAAAGAUGCUCAAAGAAAAACCAAAAAAAUUAAAUCGUAUUGCGCUGAUUGCAACAAGGGAUAUUGCGCUAAAUGUUUUUACGAAAAUCAUCUAUAA